AUGGAUAAGUACGGCGUGAAGACCCCCUUGUGGAAGAAGGAACUAGAGGAGCCCCGGGCCAGGGAGGCGGGGCAGGAGGAAGCAGAGGACGGGUCGGAGGACGAGGAGGAGGAGAGGCCAUUGGAGGAGAGCGCGGCCGAGGGCGAGGAGGAGCCCCGGGCGACGGCCGAGGGCGAGGGCCGCGAGCGUCGCUCGGUGUCCUACUGCCCGCUGCGCCAGGAGUGCAGCAGCCAGCAGGUGGCGCUGCUGCGGAUCGCCGACGGCGGCUUCUGGAGCUGGCUCAGCCCCUUCGCGCUGCUCGGCGGCCUGGCGGCUCCCGCCGACAGGAAGCGGGGUCUCCGGGAGGAGCCGUGCGUGCUGGAGACGCGGCGGAGGCCGCCGCGCCGCGGGGUCUGUGCGCGCUGUGAGAUCCUUUUCUGCAAGAAGUGCAGGAGUCUGCACAGCCACCCGGCCUACGUGGCGCACUGCGUUCUGGAUCACCCGGAUCUGGGUAAGGCGGGGGCCGCCGAAGGCUCCUGAACGCCACACUCCCGCCCCCCGCCAGCCUUUGUGCCCCCCAUCCUCGCCUGACCUGAAACUGCCCGCAACCUUCUCCUCUCCCCUGUGCGGAGCCGACUCCAGCACGUGCCACACGGCCGUCAUCCGGGGCGCCCCCCUCGGGCGAGAAGGCCCACUGCUAAUGCGGGGUGCCCACCUGUCAUCGAGCGCUCCCAACCCAGAGCCCAGCAACACCCGGAGCCCCGCUACUUGCGACUCCUCGCCCGCGGCAGCACCCAGUGCCUCCUGCGCACCUGACUCGCGUCCCCUGACAGACACAUUCAUCUCUUGGGUAUUUCAGAUCCUCUGGCCAGGUGGGCAGAGGCAUCGCCUAGAGAAAAUCAUCUCCGAGUUCCCUCAUCUCUCUGAGAAACCUGCCCCUUUCCUUCCAAUCAUUCAAUAAAGCCUCUAAUCAAAG